AGGUGGACGACCAGAUGAAGCUGCUGCAGAACUGCUGGAGUGAACUUCUCAUCCUCGACCACGUCUUUCGGCAGGUGAUGCACGCCAAGGAGGGCUCCAUCCUAUUGGUCACUGGCCAGCAGGUGGACUAUGCAGUGAUUGCUUCACAGGCGGGAGCCACCCUCAACAACCUGUUGAGCCACGCCCAGGAGCUGGUAGCCAAGCUACGCUCUCUCCAGCUAGACCAACGGGAGUUUGUCUGCCUCAAGUUCCUGGUCCUUUUCAGCCUGG